AUGAAGGAGUUUCAUACUGCUGAUUGUACCCUGACGCCGCAGCAACGCCGUUCUCAAUUUCAGGCGAAAUUUGAUCGGCACGUUGAUAUUGAUGUAAUUGCCAACAAGGAUCCCUCGGUGGCCUUCGGCGAUAUGCCUGAAUUCACUCGGGUAUCGAAGGACUCGUGGCAUUACAAGUUCUGUGAAACGAAGGUCAAGAUAGAUCUUCACAAGCCCCCGCCCCCCCAACCACCACUCAGGAUCAUCUGGGCCAAGGGUCUCCCGUGGUUUGUCGUCUACAAGGCUUUCUAA